AUGAGGUUCACCCAACUCUUCGGCAUUGUGGCCGCCUCCACAUCCCUCGUCUCCGCCGUCGACCUGACCGGCUAUGAGUUCGUCGUCGUCGGCUCCGGCGCCGGUGGUGGUCCCUUGGCCGCCCGUCUGGCCCUCGCCGGCCGCAAGACUCUGCUCAUCGAGGCCGGUGACGACCAGAUCGGCAACGACAACUACACCGUCCCGGCCUACAACGCCAAGGUCACCGAGGAUGACGCCAUGGCGUGGGACUUCUUCGUCCGCCACUACGCCGACGACGAGCGCCAGGCUCGCGACUUCAAGACCUCGUACGAGACGCCCGAUGGCAGCGAGUACACCGGUCUCAGCCCUCCUGAGGGUUCCAAGAUGAAGGGCACCCUCUACCCCCGUGCCGCCAGUCUUGGAGGUUGCACUGCUCACAACGCCCUCAUCGCCGUCUACCCUCACAACUCCGACUUCGAGUACAUCGCCAACCUCACCGGCGAUGACUCCUGGUCCUCUUCCAACAUGCGCGAGUACUUCGCCCGCAUGGAGAAGAACCAGUACCUUCUCCCCGGCGCCGAGGGUCACGGAUACGAUGGCUGGCUCGCCACUGAGACUGCGCCGCUCAACCUCGUUCUCCAGGACCCUCAGCUCCUGAGCAUGCUCACCGGUGGUGCCUUCGCCCUGGGCAACCAGACCAACGCCGUCAUCAACCUCGCCACUCUCAUUGCUGGUGAUGCCAACUCCGCCGGCGAGAACAGAGACAAGCUGCCCGGCUACAACCAGAUCCCCAUUUCUACCAACGAUGCCCACCGCACCGGAUCGCGCGAGUUUGUCGUUGCCGUCCGUGACGCGACCAACGCCGACGGCAGCAAGAAGUACCCUCUUGACGUCCGCCUCGACUGCCACGUCACCAAGGUCCUCUUCGACACCGACGUCACUCCCCCUCGCGCGACUGGUGUUGAGUUCCUCGAUGGCAAGUACCUCUACCGCGCCAGCCCUCGCUCCCGCAACGCCGCUGCCGGCGUCAAGGGAACCGCCACUGCUUCCCAGGAAGUCAUCAUCUCCGGAGGAACCUACAACUCUCCCCAGAUCCUGAAGCUGAGCGGUAUCGGUCCCGCCGACGAGCUUGAGCGCUUCAACAUUCCCGUCAUCAAGGACCUCCCCGGUGUCGGCACCAACCUCCAGGACCACUACGAGAUCAGCGUCCAGGGACACCCCGCCACCAACUUCUCUGCUCUGGAUGGCUGCACCUGGGGCUUCGACGGACAGGACGACCCUUGCCUGACCCGCUGGGAGAACCCCAUCCUCGGCGACCGCGGCAUCUACGAGUCUCCCGGUCUGGCCGCGACCAUGUUCUACAAGAGCACCACCACCGAGAAGGACGAGUGGGACGUCUUCACGUUCGGCGGCCCCGUCAACUUCCGCGGCUACUUCCCCAACUACAGCUACAACGCCACCGUCGACCACGACUUCUUCACCUGGGCCAUUCUCAAGGCUCACCCCAGAAACACCGCCGGCUCCGUCACUCUCCGCUCCUCUGACCCUCUUGACGUCCCCGACAUCCUCUACAACUACUUCGACACCGGUGUUGGCGACUACGACGCCGACUUGCAGGCUCUGGCCGAGGCUGUCGAGCUCGCUCGUGAUGCCUUCGCCCGCCAGCUCGUCCCCGUCGAGGAGGUUCUCCCCGGCGCCGACGUGACCGGUGUCGACGCCGUCAAGCAGUACGUCAAGGACGCCGCCUGGGGCCACCACGCCUCUUCUACCUGCCCCAUCGGCGCCGACAGCGACCCGAUGGCCGUUCUGGACUCCAGCUUCAGAGUCCGCGGCGUUGCUGGUCUCAGAGUUGUGGAUGCCUCCGUCUACCCUCGCAUCCCCGGUACUUUCACCGCCGUUUCCACUUACAUGGUCGGCGAGAAGGCUGCGGACGUUAUUCUGAACCAGACCCAGUCCCAGUAA